CCAGUGCAUGAGGAAAAAAAAUCCUGAGUCAGUUCUCACAUUCCCAAAAUGUGUAUCAGAUACUGAAGUCGCAACUAGAGCUCCUCCAAUUAUUAUUACUUCUACUAAUUAUUAAUAAAAAUUACUGCCAAGAUGAACACGCUCAUUGAAGUCGUAGCACUUUUUCUAGGUUUUGUUAGUUGGAUAUUGACUCUUAUAACACUAGAAGAUCAGCACUGGAGGGAAUCCAGUCAAGACGGCAGUGUUAUAUUAACUUCUAAUCUCUAUGAGAACCUAUGGAUGUCUUGUGCAAGUGAUUCAACGGGGAACUAUAACUGUCGUGACUUUCCAUCCCUUUUUGCUCUUCCGGGCUACAUUCAGGCCUCUCGAGCACUGAUGAUUGCUUCAAUUGUGUUUGGGUCGUUUGGCCUGGUGGCUACGCUUGUAGGAAUGAAGUGCUCGAAAAUAGGUGGAGAAAACUAUGUUCUAAAGGGGAAGAUUGCUGCAGUUGGAGGAGUGUUUUUUUUACUGCAAGGGCUUUGCACCAUGAUUGCCGUGUCUUGGUACGCAGCAAACAUCACCCAGCAGUUCUUUGACAUUCUUUACCAAGGGACAAAGUAUGAGCUUGGAGAGGCGCUUUAUAUUGGCUGGGCUUCAGGCACGCUUGCCAUUUGUGGAGGCUCGUGCCUGCUGUGUUCCUGCGGAAUUAUGACUGACAGUGAAAAAAUACCGUAUCCACUCCAACCAUCCUCCAGAGGACACGUGCGAUCAACUGUGGCACCCUCUCAGUCUGUCAACUAUGACAGAAACGCAUAUGUCUAAGAAGUUAAUGUGUAGACGGAAAAGUAAGAAUCUUUUCAGAAUCUUUCUGAAAGAGACAAUGAGUAAAAAAAAUAAAUCUGGUAUCAUUUAUAGGGGACAUAAUGAAAACUGUGACAGUAUAAUAUCAAUUACGGUCAUAGGUUCCAGGACAAAAUCUGUUACAGUAAGUAAAUUUUGAUGCAAAAGUCACACUUCCAACUAAGCACACAGUUGGUAUAUUUUGUUUUCUAAUGGUCCCAUACAUAAUUUAUCACAAUAACAGGACACGUGUGGUUUCAGCCAGUGCAGUUUUUGUUUGUUUUGGGUUUUUUAUUUUUUUUGCAGGAGCCACUUGAGUAAAAAGAAUGAAACAAUCAUAAGCACAGAGUAUAUUUACAUGUCACUUUGUUGAUUUUAUACAUUUCUCAAGAUUUUUGCAUGGUUUUUUACUAUAUAUUUACCAGUUAUUUACCAUUUCACAGUAAUCAAAUGCCCUAAAUUAUGAGAAUGUUAACACGUUUAUGAUUUCUGCUAGUGAUGCUCAGCGGUGUUUAGCACAGGUGACAUUGUUGUUGUCAUUAUUAACUACUUUGCACAGUCAAAUAAAAAAGGACAUUCACAGAACUUGCUUGCACAGCAGCUUUUCAUUUGAAUGUUUAAAUCAACAACAAGAACAAAAAAAAAAAAAAGCUCAGAGCUCAAAUCUUGUCAUAUAACCCACUUAACAACAGUACUUUCUCAGGGCCCACUUUAUUCUUUAAUGCCCAUUUUAGUUUGGUGACACAUUGUGUUUUACAUUCUCACAUAAUACAGAUUCAACACUUUAAAAAUGCCAUCUUCCAGGAACAAAAAAAUCACCUUUGGAGUAUCUCACAGUUGCAACCUGUUGGAAAGCUGUGAUGUCACAUCUGGGAUUUGGUUUACCCAAUGAGAGUCAAGAAACAUUUUGCUGAUUGGUGAUAAAUAAUUUAAAUGUAAGGAAGAGUUUAAAAUAUAACAUUUAAAGCAUAAAGUCAUGUACAGCACUUUAAAAAUUCGCAUUCUUAACAUUCUUAAAAGCCUCAUUUUUAACAGGUUGUUUUAAUAUCUCUUCCUUUUCAUUACUUAAUUGGUCACAGUAGCUGCAUCACUGUAAGAGUGAAAGUAAUACACUGGGUUUUCAGUUCCUCAGAAACGUACAUGAAAACAUAAAAAUGUACCGAACCACUGAUUUAUGCUACUCAGUGUUUUAUUUAGUAGGGGUCUGUGUUUAUGGGACUUUGAGCGAUACUAUUUCAAGUCUAUAGAAGAAGAAAUCAAAAGGGAUAGCUGUAUCACAUCAAAAAUACUAAAUUCAUAUGUAUUUUACAUCCUUCGCCCCCUGUAAAUUAAUUUGUUAAAUCAAGGACACACACAAGAUAUAAUUAAGGCUGUUUUAUGGAGAAAAAUACCAAAAACGU